AUGAAGUUCACAACCAUAUCGUUCCUCCUCUCCGCUGCCGCCGGAGUAUGGGCAGAGCACCCGAUGAUGGCGGAGUCAGUCGUGGCCCCGCCGGUAAUGGUCCACUCCGUCGUGACCCCACCAGCAAUGGUCCACUCCGUCGUAACCGUCACCGCUCCGGCCGCACACGUCAUGACAACCGUCAUGGCAAUGGAGUCCGCCGAGGAAAACAUUAUGACCACCACGGCGGCGAUGGUUCACACCACAACCGCCGAGGCCGCCGUCGCAGCGGCGGCCACACACACCGUUGUAGUCGGCGGCACCGCAGGCCUGGUCUACGAUCCUUCCGAAGUCACCGCCGCCGUCGGCGACGUGGUGAAGUUCGUCAUGCUCAUGAAGAACCACACGGUAACGCAGAGCACAUUCGACACGCCGUGUGUGCGGAUGGUGGGCGGAGUCGACAGCGGGUUCAUCCCAAAUGCGGAGUCCGAUGCCGCAACUGCGCCCACGUUCGAGUAUGCCGUCGGCACGACGGAUGCGACCUGGUGGUACUGCCGACAACGCACCGGCACGCACUGCGGCAAGGGCAUGGUCUUCGCGAUCAACCCGACAGCCGAGAAGAGUUUCGUAGCGUUCAAAGACAAGGCGAUCGCGCAAAACGGCACCGAUGCCGCAGCGACCACUGCACCGCCCCCAGCGUCGGUGCCAGUAACGCUGACCGUCGACAACGGCAAUGCCCCACCGGCGUCCACCACCUCGGUCGCCCUCAUCGCCCAACCUACCGCCACCAUGAUCGCCCCCGGAUGGAAUAAUCAGCCGAACGCCGGCGCCUGCAGCUGCGCUUGCUUCUGUGGUGUUGGAGCGUUUCCCGCGGGCGACGGCGUGGGCGCCUAUGGCGGGUAUGCGGGGAGCUUGCCGGCGCCGUGGGGGUAG